AUGGGAAGAGAAAAGAGAAACGUCCCGGGAGUGGGCGCUGGAGACCAUGCCAAGAAACGGCACAAGAGAGACCGCAGGGGCAAUCUCAUCGAUCACAGAGGAAAUGUGAUAGAUUGGACAGCGCCCGUACCUCCGGGCUUGGUUGCAAGGCCCGAGAAACCACGCAUCAGCAGCAAGCAUAAGUCGUGGUUCGAGUUCAUUGAGAAUAAGGACAAGAAGAAGAAACUCGAGUUCGAGUUCACCGAAAAGAAAGAGCCGCCGCCGGGUUUUGAGUUUGUUCCCAUCGGAAACCCGGCCCUAACAACGGCAUGCAAAGAGCUCUCCCGCGAGCAAGAUGCGAUGAUAUUCAUCGUCACGUCGGCUCACGGGCUCUCCAAGAGACUCAGUUCUCAGCUGAAUCGCGUUGGCCAUCACAUCCGUCAGACAAUCGUGGAGCAAGCACGCGCAAUGCUUGGGGAUGACCAGCUCGAGCCUAUCCGUGGAGCACCAGGCCUGCCCGAGCCCAUCCCGGAGAAACAAGAAGAAAUCAACAAGCAGGCAGACGCGGCAAUUAGGGACCUGUUUCCCCGGAUCCCCAACACCGAUCGCCAGAUGAUCAUUGAACACGCUUUCAACAAGUCGAGGGCAAACGGCAAGGAUGGUCCACCCGUGGGCCUCGCACCCGAUGUGCCCCUUUCGCGCCGUGUGCAAUUGGCGGUCCUUGCCCACAUCCGACAUACCCACACACGAUACGAUCAGCUGCUCCGGGAAACGACUUACGUCAAUGCGAGAAAGGCUGUUGAAUCGCUCUGCCUCGAUUUCCUAGUCAAGUGGCGAGGAGAUGAGGAGACUGGACGUGAUCAGCUCGAUGAGAUUCUCUGUGAGGUUAUUGUCAUCUCAGACUCUGAGAGCGACGAGUCCGACGACGACAAUGAGGAUGACGGUGAAGACGACUCCUCCGUCGCCUCAUCUACAGAGGAGAGUCCCGUGGACCGCCUCAUGCGGGACGACGGGCCAACCCUAGCAACGGUGCCACCCAACAAUUCAUCCACGACCGCAUCAGUUACUAACAAGCCGCGGGGCGAGAGGGUUCCCAAAGCGAAUCAUGCACCCCAAAAGGUCAAGAAGGUUUCAAACAAGGACAAGAAGGCAGCCAAGUGGGCACAGCGAGGCUUCCAGCGCUACCAGGCCGCCCGAGACCAAGCCUGGCAUCAGGCUGUGGAACGGCAACGGCUUGGGGACGGCGGGUCGGUGCAAUCCAGUGGCCCUGCGACCAAGGGCGGGUCUCAACCUCAUGGACCACAGCGCUUGCAAAACGGCGAGCCCAGUCGUCCGGGCCCUGGACUUAAGGAGGCUCGCAGCCCAGCCCAACCGUCGUACUAUGCCGCGUGCUCCUAUGACAGUUCCUUGUCUUCUGUAGGUACGUCUCAUGAGCGGGGAAGCCGAGCAGAAAAUCUCAAACUGCCUGUCCCAGGGGCCACCUAUCACAUGCCGCAAUCUGGCCGCGUCCUGGAGAAUACGCCCAACAAUGGAGUCAGACCCGUAGUUAGGCCACGGCCCGGCCAGUUUGCUCCAGAAGUUGAGCGGGUAAGGCACCAGGGUCAAGAGGAUCUCAAGGACUAUCUCCUUCAGUCCAUUGAGCCUGCAUCCCCUGAUUUGUCCAAUUUUCAGCCGCGGCUCCCCGUUUCAUAUCGUCAACCCGAGUUUGGGCUUUCCCACGGUGUAGAGAGUCUGAUCCAGGUGACGGCGCACAAUCGAGGUGCAACGGGAGCGGCUGGCAGCAUGCCAUUUGCGCAUGAAUCGCGCCCGGCCUAUGCAGACGAAGGGUUUAUUAGACUUCCCUCUCGUCCGGAACCAAGCCGGAUUCCUUGGACGCCUGGCCAACGCUCGGAGCCUUUUAUCCUGCUCAACCCCGAGCCCGUCACAGUACCGGGAGUUAAUGCUGUCACAGCUGCUCCUGGCGGGUUAGGGCUGCGGCGUUCAUCGGCAUGGCAGGAUGGCGUUGCAUCCCACGAUAAUGCGAGCCUCAGGUCCGCGAGUCGGCCGGUUUGGGUCGGACACGACGGCGCUCUCCUUAGGUCGGAAGUACGUCCUAUCAUCAUCCAGGACUAUCCAUCACCCCCCAGACAGCCGCGGACGGAUUCUCCGUAUGUGCCGUCGGAGCACCGCCGACCUUCGCCAAGAUGGCUCGAUGCCCGUCAGGUGGGCCCUGGCUGGGUGCAAGAGCGGCACAGGCCACAGCCUGGUUCGAGGAUUGACCAACGCAUUGAAACGUUGCAGGACGAUUUUGUGGAAAUCGUGCGCGUUUCCAACAAGUUCCCCAGGCAGCAUGAGCCGCGGCCAACGGCCACUCGCGCAGGGAGUUACAAUUUGCGAUCGACGGCUCCACAGCAGCAGGUAACACAACAGCCAUAUGAUGGCCUUGUGCGAUACAACACCGGCAAUCCUCUCGCGCCAAGCCAGCCGGUAGAGCGAGUUGUAGGAAGGGCUGAGGUGCCUGUGUUUCCGGAUGAGAAUGGGCCGGAUGUUGGACGGCCGGCAGACGGGUACCCAAGGCAAGAACGUGUGGUGGGGAUUGAAUUUGUCCAGCCGCGUCCAAGCCUCGAAACUCUUACCUAUUCAGACCACCGUCCUUUCUACGACACUCGGGACCUAGUCUUCCGGUCCCGUUCAAAGUCGCUUUUGCCCGUGCCCUACCAGGGUUUCCAGUACCAGCCAGAAACCGGUCACCCAAAGAGAAGCGAGGUGAUUACACUUGACUGA